AUAAACAUCAACAAACACAAGUUGGGCUCUGUAGUGGGAAGUGUUUACAUUACAUUGAUUAACCAAGAAAACAACAAACUAUGUUUAUUCUGUGUUUAUGCCAAUCAAGUAAUUAGGUGUUUUUCUAGCUAUGCAUUUUCCCUACUUGGCCUAUGAAGAUUAGAGGUCUGGAUAUAGGCCUAGGCCCAGCCCCGGGCCAAGCCUAGAUAGCUAGUGAGUGAGUGAGCGCAGGUGCCUCCAUCCAGGCAUUCCCCUGGGUUAUCAGAAAAUAGCGUGCUGUACCGAUAGUAUAAUUUGUGAAACUACACCUAACAUAUAAGUGGAUACUGAAGGAUAAUCACAAUGUCAAUAGUGACUCUGCAGGUUGGCCAAUGUGGAAACCAGGUUGGUCUAGAAUUUUUUAACACUAUCAUGGAAGAUGUUGCUGGCAGUGCAACUUCUACAGCCAGAUAUCCCCACUUCAAUGAGCAAACUCUUACCAGGUUCUUUGAUGACCCAGAGGGCAGCAAAGAAAAAUUACCUGUUGCCAGAGCAGUCCUGGUGGACAUGGAAACCAAAGUAAUCCAGAAGAUGUAUGAGACAUCUGAAAAAAGUGGUCGCUGGAUUUAUGGUAGACACACCCACUUCUGCCAGAAAAGAGGUUCUGGGAAUAACUGGGCAAAUGGCUUCUUUGUGUAUGGACGUAAAGCUGAAGAAAAUGUUUUAAACAUAGUGCGUAAAGAAGUGGAGAAAUGUAGCAGAUUAACAGGUUUUUUAAACUUGAUGAGCUUAGCAGGUGGCACAGGCUCUGGGGUUGGUACAAGUCUGACACAAAGCCUUCGGGAUCAUUACCCACACAGCUUCAUUCUAAACCAAGUUGUGUGGCCACAUAGUAGUGGUGAAGUUUGCCUUCAAAACUACAAUUCAGUUUUGUCGCUGUCACAUCUCUACAGGUCAUGUGAUGCAAUCCUUCUGCUUAAUAACGACAACUUGAAUAAGAUUUGCUCCCAGCUUUUGGGAAUUAAGAAUGUUGGGUUUAAGGACAUGAACAGAGUCAUAGGCCACCAACUAGCAUCAGCUUUUGAGCCAGCUUACAUUCACUGUGACAAAUCAAGUACAUGGUCUUCUGUAGAAGACACAUUUGAACACUUAGUGGCACACCCAGAAUUCAAACUUCUGACAUCAAGGAGUGUACCCCAGACGUCUGAGCGUUCAAUGGAGUUUAGUACCUACAAUUGGCCGAGUCUACUCAAAUACUUGAGACAAAUGUUGAUUGCCGACUCGUAUAUGGAUGAAGGUAUUAACUGGCACCUAAAGAUACCACCUUCAUCUUCUAACCAAGCAUCAGCCAGUUAUAUAAAAUCUAUCAGCAAUCAACUCAUUCUCCGAGGAAAGGAUUCAAAACUUGCAGAUUGUCAGCACUUCAAAGAUAUGGCUUUAUAUACACGUUGGACUCCUCCAAGCUCUGUCUUAUCAGUACUAUCACACCCUCAUCAAUUUCUGAAGUAUGAGAAGUCUGCUACAUUACUAAGCAACUGUCAAUCGCCUGUGAAGCCACUGGGGAAGGCCCUUGACAAGGGUUGGCAGAUGUUUGCAAUGCGGGCCUAUGUUCAUUGGUAUACCCGAUAUGGUAUGAUGGAGGAAGAUUUUAUAGAUUCUUUUGCUUCUCUGAAACAAGUUCAUCACAGUUAUGCAACUCUUUGAUGUACAAUACUGUACUGACUUCAUCUUCCUGUUAAAAACAUACAGGAUUUAAUAAUAGAAUGGCUAUGACAUACAAUACACUAAUAGAGAACAAAGUUGAUUAAAAACAUUUAGGUGUAUUAAACAUUUAGGUGUACAGAAUUAUAAUUGAUUAAAUUCAGAUUGUUAUUUUUGUAUAUUGUUUAUAUUGUCUAUCAAUCCAAAAAAUAUACAUGGCCCUUCCUCAUUCGCUAAUCCAUUUUAAUCUUGUUGGCCAUUGCUUGGAACAGACUAUUAAAAUAAAAUCGAUGUUGCACAGAUUCUAAACAAAAAAAGACCAAUAUAAUACUUAGAUUUUAUAUUCAUAUUACAUUUAUUUCAUAUUCAAAUUUUAUAUUUACAUUUAAAUAAACAUUUUCCAAUCUGAUUUGCACAUUUGGAUAUCUAGAUUCUCCAGCAUAUCAUACAUAGACUUCAAUCAUACAACUUAUCUAUUGAUGGGGGCGCCAUUCACAAUUAACAAUGUCGGUAACUGAAUCAGAUACAGUAUACAGUACAGUACUCAUUUAACAAUACAGAAAUUAGAUAUACUGUCUAUGAUUAGUCCUAGUUAAGCUCUUAAGCAUGCAACUAAUACAUUCAAAAGGUAGAAACUGCUCAAGUUGACUUCAAAUGAGAUAGAUCAAAACAACUGGCAGGAAAAGAGUGUCAAUAAGUGGUAACAUUAACAUUUCUGCAACUAAAUGCUCUCAGUAAUGCAAUAUUAUUACAGUCUUAACCAGAAUAUUAAUAUUUAAUCUGGUUAAGACUAAUAAUAUUACAGUCUUAACCAGAUUAAUAUUUAACCUGAAAAGUGAAGAGUAUGGAAUCUGAAGAAGAUUGGUUAGGAUUGAAAGACUACAAAAAGGAUAAUGAUAAUUGUGAACAGCAGCCCCUACAGUUAAUUUUUGCUUAUAUUGGGAAUACAUUUGAACUUGCUUAAGUCGAAUCCAAAAUGGCAUUAAAAAAUUGUUUGACUUGGAUAAAAUUUGACUUGCACAUUGUUAGUUAAUGGAAAACAACAAUUUACCAUGUAAAAUAAGACUAAGAAAUUAGUUGAGUUAGGCAAAUUUGACUUAGGCAAGUUUAAAUGUAUUGUGAUCAUGUGUUGUUACUGUAUUUCUUUUUUGAGUAAUUGAAAAAUAUCAUUUUUCUAUUAAAAACAAAUCAAGAUUUAUACUGCAUGGUUUAACUGUUAAAAUUCUAAAUGUACUUAUACAGUAAACAGUUCAACAUAACACAACAUCAUAACAUACAUCAAUAUAGCUCUGUAACACUGAUACUGCAAUAAGUUUUGAAAUCAAUAAUUGUAAAUAAAUGGUAAAAUCAUUAUGAUUUUUCUAUGACAGGGCAGUAACCAGGGGGAUUUCUAUGGUUGGGCUGUGAGUACCAACCUCAUUGCAUCAAAUAUUAUUAAAAUGAUGAUGAAAUUCACCACUUACGGGUCUUGAUUAAGGAGUUCAUAAACAUGGAGAUAAACUGGGGCAUAGACAUGGAGGAAAGGAUGCAUAAAAUUGUACUAUGUCUCUUCCUUGUGAAUAUACCCCACUUUCCCCCUGAAUAAUUUCCCCUGCCAUUUGGUCAAUCUCUGAAUUCUGAUAAAUUGCAUUUAACUUGGUGUCUAUUUCAAUCAACACAUCACAAAUGAGGAAAUUAUAUAUUAUACUAUAAUGUAUAAUGUAGUUGAUACAAUUUAUCAAGCUUAUCAGAAUUCUGUAACAACUGUACUAUGUUAUACUCAAUGUAUUCGAUACAAUUUAUCUGGGUAAUCACACUAUUAUAAUGUUAUAACAUACUUGCCAAAGUCAUAACUAUGGUGGUAAUACAACAAUAUGGAUUUGAACUACAUGCCAUUAUCAAUAAAAUGGAAUGAAACUUGAUACAGUACUAAAUUUACAUCUUAAUUUUGGCAAGAAUUACAGCCAUAGCAAAACCCCAUAAUGCUGUAAACAAAGAUUAAUGAGACUGAUGUAAAUUUUUAUUUUCAAUUAAAUGGGUGGCCCUAAUACUUAUAAGGCUUGACAUUUCCAAAUGUGAAUCUAUGCCUGGAAUGCAUGCCAAAUAACAGUAACAUCAAUGAUAUAAUGCACACAUUAUUUAAUUCCUUGAGCAGGUACAGAAUUAACCAUGUUUUCAACAAAAGAGGACAUCAUCACAAUAUGUACACAAAUUAAAUGGUUAAGCACUGAAUGUUUCCCACAAUGCAUCAGUACUGAUACUUAUCUAUCAUUUGUUUAUUGCUUUAUUUUACUAAUUAUUGGAAAUAAUAGAGGGGAUGUUUUGUAUACAAGUUCAGGGGAAGGAAAGGUGGUGAUGAAUAGGAAAAGUACAAGGGGAUAGUGGAGAAGAUAUUAGGCUUUACAGUGCACAAAAAAAAAUAGUUAAGUCAAUAACUAUUUAAAAAAAAGAAUAUAAAACAUUAAGUGUCAGUUUAGAAAAGUAAGUCUAAAUGAGCAUUUUAAAGGGGUAAUGUAUUCCAGUAUAUGGAAGCCCACAACAAUUGAAAAGCCUGGUCCUGAGUUCUUAUAAGAACACAACAAGAAAAAGGGGAAAAUCCAAGGAGAGGAGAUGAAAUACAGUUUAUAUUCUGAUCACUUCAAAUACUUUUUCAAAAUAAAUUCAAUAAAUAUGUUUUGGAACAUACAUUAGAUAUUGAUAAAUAUAAAUUGCUUUAUAUGGAUAAUGAAGUAUACAAUGUACUUAAUCAUGAGCCAAUAUACCAUCUACCAAUCACUCUCAUACUCAACACACUAAAGCUGCCUAUCACAGUACUCCACUGGGUAUAUAAUAAACACAUUGACAGUUUACUACAGGACUUGCAAGGACUUAAACCUGUGUUUUUGGCAAACACACAACCAUUAGGCGAAACUUUUUUAUACCUGGUUUAGCGAAUCCACCGCCCGCCAAUAAUGAUGAUUUGGAAUAAAAAUAAAAUUUUAUUUUAGGCCGAUCAGCAAAACCGCCAUGAAAUUUCAGAAAAAAA